UUUUGUUUUCAAGAUUUGAGCAUCUUUUGAAUCUAGCCUCCAAGUAUUCAGGAAUAGGUUGUGAGCCUAGCAGGGCAAAUCUUGUCCUACCGUGUUUUCCUCUGCACAAGACUUUGAAGCUGUCAGAGAGAUUUUGUGUGGUCAUUCCUCCAAGUUUCUUUCUCAGAAGCUUUCCUCAGGUGGGCAGCUAGCUGCAGUGACUACCGCAUCACAGCCUGUUGAACUCUUCUCAGCAAGAGAAGGGGAAACGGCAUAGAGGAAUUAGGUGGAAGAUUCAGCCAAGCUCAAGGAUGGAGGUGCAGUUAGGGCUGGGGAGACUCUACCCACGGCCCCCGUCCAAAACCUAUCGAGGAGCUUUCCAGAACCUGUUCCAGAGCGUGCGCGAAGUGAUCCAGACCCCGGGUCCCCGGCACCCUGAGGCCCCGAGCGCAGCACCUCCCGGUGCCCAGUUGCAGCAGCAGCAGCAGCAGCAGCAACAGCGGCAGCAGCAGCAGCAGCAGCAGCAGCAGCAGCAGGAGACCAGUCCCCAGCAACAGCAGCAGGGCGAGGAUGGAUCUCCCCAAGCCCAGAGCAGAGGCCCCACAGGCUACCUGGCCCUGGAGGAGGAACAGCAGCCUUUACAACAACAGUCAGCCCCUGAGGGUCACCCGGAGAGUGGCUGCAUCCCGGAGCACCGAGUCCCCUCGGCUACAGGCAAGGGGCUGCAGCAGCAGCCUCCAGCACCUCCAGACGAGGAUGACUCAGCUGCCCCAUCCACGUUGUCGCUGCUGGGCCCCACUUUCCCAGGCUUAAGCAGCUGCUCCGCCGAUCUUAAAGACAUCCUGAGUGAGGCCGGUACCAUGCAACUCCUUCAGCAGCAGCAGCAACAGCAGCAGCAGCAGGAGGUGGUAUCUGAAGGCAGCAGCAGCGGAAGAGCGAGGGAAGCCCCUGGGGCUCCAAACUCUUCCAAGGACAGUUACCUAGGGGGCAGUUCUACCAUCUCGGACAGUGCUAAGGAGUUGUGUAAGGCAGUGUCGGUGUCCAUGGGCUUGGGUGUGGAGGCAUUGGAGCAUCUGAGUCCUGGAGAACAGCUUCGAGGGGAUUGCAUGUAUGCUCCGCUCCUGGGAGGUCCACCCUCUGUGCGUCCUACUCCUUGCGCGCAGCUGGCAGAAUGCAAAGGUUCUCUGCUGGAUGACUGCCCCGGCAAGGGCACUGAAGAGACUUCUGAGUAUUCCCCAUUCAAGGCAGGUUACCCCAAAGGGCUGGAAGGUGAAAACCUGGGCUGCUCUGGCAGCGGUGAUACGGUAGUCUCUGGAGCACUUGAGCUGCCAUCCACCCUGUCUCUCUACAAGUCUGGAGCACUGGAAGAGGCAGCGGCUUAUCAGAGUCGCGACUACUACAACUUUCCACUAGCCCUGGCCGGACCGCCCCCACCUCCGCCGCCUCCCCAUCCUCAAGCCCGCAUCAAGCUGGAGAACUCGCUGGACUAUGGCAGCUCCUGGGCAGCCGCGGCAGCGGCUCAGUGUCGCUACGGGGAUCUGGCAAGCCUGCACGGCGGGGGUGCAGCGGGAUCCAGCUCAGGCUCACCCUCAGCCGCUACCUCCUCUUCCUGGCACACUCUCUUCACAGCCGAAGAAAGCCAGCUGUAUGGGCCCUGCGGCGGUGGUGGUGGUGGUGGCAGCACAGGCGAGGCAGGGACUGUAGCCCCCUUUGGCUACACUCGGCCACCUCAGGGUCUGGCUGGCCAAGAAGGCGAAUUCCCCCCAUCUGAUGUGUGGUAUCCCGGCGGCGUGGUGAGCAGAGUUCCCUAUUCAAGUCCCAGUUGUGUCAAAAGCGAGAUGAGUCCCUGGAUGGAGGGCUACUCUGGAUCUUAUGGGGACAUGCGUUUGGAGACUGCCAGGGAACAUGUUCUGCCUAUUGACUAUUACUUUCCACCCCAGAAGACCUGCCUGAUCUGUGGGGAUGAAGCUUCUGGCUGUCAUUAUGGAGCUCUCACCUGUGGAAGCUGCAAAGUCUUCUUUAAAAGAGCUGCUGAAGGAAAACAGAAGUACCUGUGUGCCAGCAGAAAUGACUGCACCAUUGAUAAAUUCCGAAGGAAAAAUUGUCCAUCUUGUCGCCUCCGGAAAUGCUAUGAAGCAGGAAUGACUCUGGGAGCUCGGAAGCUGAAGAAACUGGGUAAUCUGAAACUGCAGGAGGAAGGGGAGGCUUCCAGCACCACCAGCCCCACUGAGGAGCCAACCCAGAAGCUGGCGGUGUCACACAUUGAAGGCUAUGAGUGUCAGCCUAUCUUUCUGAAUGUCCUGGAAGCUAUUGAGCCAGGCGUGGUGUGUGCUGGACAUGACAACAAUCAGCCUGACUCCUUCGCAGCUUUGCUCUCUAGCCUCAAUGAACUGGGUGAAAGACAGCUUGUACAUGUGGUCAAGUGGGCCAAGGCCUUGCCUGGCUUCCGCAACUUGCAUGUGGACGACCAGAUGGCGGUAAUUCAGUACUCCUGGAUGGGGCUUAUGGUGUUUGCCAUGGGCUGGCGGUCAUUCACCAAUGUCAACUCCAGGAUGCUCUACUUUGCCCCUGACUUGGUUUUCAAUGAGUACCGCAUGCACAAGUCCCGGAUGUACAGCCAGUGUGUCCGAAUGAGGCACCUCUCUCAAGAAUUUGGAUGGCUCCAAAUCACCCCCCAGGAAUUCCUGUGCAUGAAGGCACUGCUGCUCUUCAGCAUUAUUCCAGUGGAUGGGCUGAAAAAUCAAAAAUUCUUUGAUGAACUUCGAAUGAACUACAUCAAGGAACUUGAUCGUAUCAUUGCAUGCAAGAGAAAAAAUCCCACAUCCUGCUCAAGGCGCUUCUACCAGCUCACCAAGCUCCUGGACUCUGUGCAGCCUAUUGCACGAGAGCUGCACCAGUUCACUUUUGACCUGCUAAUCAAGUCGCACAUGGUGAGCGUGGACUUUCCAGAAAUGAUGGCAGAGAUCAUCUCUGUGCAAGUGCCCAAGAUCCUUUCUGGAAAAGUCAAGCCCAUCUAUUUCCACACUCAAUGAAGCUUUGGAAGUCCUUAUUUCCUCACCCCACCACACUCUCCUUUUCAGAUAUCUUCUGCCUGUUAUAACUCUGCACUACUUCUCUGCCGUGCCUUGGGAAACUCCCUCUAUUGAUGUAUAGUCAUAAAUAUGUUCCUGAGUCCUAUAUGCUAGGCUUUUUUUUCUAUUUUCCUUCUUUCUUUCCCCCUCUCCCUAUCCAACCCUCCCAUGGCACUUUCAGACUCUGCUCCCUGACAUGACUUUUAUCUGUGUUUUGAGUGGUGUUGUAUUUCUUUAAAUCUGUGAUGAUCCUCA